AUGAUUAUCACUGGAGAUGACCCCAUGGGUAUUUCUAGUCUCCAACAGUUUCUCCAUCGCCAAUUUAAGAUGAAAGAUUUGGAUUUUCUUAGCUACUUCCUUGGCUUGGAAAUUUCUCAAGAUUCAUCUAGUUACUUUCUUACCCAGGCCAAGUAUACUUCUGAUCUCUUGGCUCGUGCUAGCCUUACUGAUUGCAAGAUUGCCACUACUCCCGUUGAUCCUCAAACUCGUCUUACACCUCUUGAAGGCACUCUAUUUCAUGGUCUUCACUACUUCGCCCAGUCUUCUCUACAGCUCCAUGCCUUUUCUGAUGCAAAUUGGGCAGGGGAUCCUACUGACCGUUGUUCCACUACUAGGUUUUGUUUCUUCUUGGGCAACUAUCUCAUUACCUGA